AUGGAGCCGCUCUCAACCUGGGAGCGAGGUAAAGUCUCUGGCAUGGUCUCUUUGCCCUCUGGUCAACACAUCUUCGUAUCGGUCUGCGGGCCCGACCGUGUCGCAGGCCAGCCGCUCAUCAUUAUUGUCCCCGGCGUGGCGUGUAGCGUCAAGGAAUGGGCCGCCGUCCGGCGCCUUCUUCAGCCAACGAAACGCGUCCUGGCCUACGAGCGACCAGGCAUGGGAGCAUCUGAGGAAUCGUGUGUCCCCGCCACGGCAGCAAACAUGGCUAGAGACCUUGACGCUCUCCUCAAAGUCCUUCGUUUCACGCCACCGUUCGUGCUUGUCUGUCACUCAUACGGCGGAAUCAUUGCCAGAGAGUUUCUAGAGCAUCGCUUGAAGGAGAAAUCGGAUAAUAAUGAUGUUGUUGGGAUGGUAUUCGUGGAUGCCAACCAAGAGAAGAGUAUUGUGCUCUGGCCAGACCCCAACUUCGAAGCCCUCGGAAAGGGGCUGGAUUGGUAUACUGUGACAGGCCUUGCCUUGCGCUGGGCCUUGACGGAUAACGAGUGGAAAGCCGUCGUUGACGAGAAAAGCUCCACUAAGCACCAGCGGACGACUGAGCGUGAAAUGGAACACUACAUCGAGAGCUGCGAAGCACUGGGAACCAAGAAGCAGCUCAACCGCCGACCACCCUUGCUGCACGAGCAUCCUAUCAGCAUUAUUAGAGGCCAUCCUGAGAUCGAACUACGAAAGGUAUUGACUGCUGGGGUGGAAAUGGGAAACGGCUCAGCACAGCAGAGACGGCAAUUUGAGGAGAAAUUGGAUAUGUACCCGAAGUGGAACGAGAGGCUUCAGCGAGAGAACCUUGCCAUGUCGGCCAAAAGUAGAUACAGGGAUUUGAAGGAAUGUGGCCAUUUCAUACACAUGGAGAAGCCAGAGGCAAUUGUUGAGGAGAUUGAAUGGGUCUUGGAGAAUAUUUGA